AUUUUUGUUUAAACGCUUCAUUCCUUCACAUGAAGGAGCUUUUUAAAGUAUUUCAGUUUUCCGGUUAAACAUUAAAGCAGCGGUUGGUGGUUGGUUAAAAGUAGGUCUGUGUGUCAGCGGAGCGUUUCCGGGUUCUGCUGCCGAGUUGCCAUCACCUGCUCCAGCCUCCUUCCUCCUGCUAAGUCAGCGUCAAGCGGCUCCGGAGGCCCGGACACGGAACCGAACCAGCAGCCGAUAAGCUGGCCCGGUCCAUGUCUGCUCGCUGAAAGCCUAAACCAGAGGAGGGACAGCGGGCAGCGGCGAUGGCGGCGUCGCUUCUCUCCGAGACCGACAUCAGGCACCGGUCCAUGGCGGAGGAGGAUCCGAACGGGAACGAGCAUGGUGCGGCUGCCCGCAGCGCGGCGCCUCGCUGGGGGCCGCAGCACGCCGGGGCCCGGCAGCUGGCUCGGCUCUACUCCCCAGGUAAACGAUUUCAGGAGUGGGUUUGUGUGAUUCUGUGCCUGUUCCUCUUCAUCAUCAACUUCUUCUUCCUCCUCCUGCACUUCUCCACCGUUCACAUCUACAAGAUCAUCCUCGGCAUUGUUUUGGGAAUAGUGACGGCAGAUUUUGCCUCGGGGAUUGUCCAUUGGGGAGCCGACACCUGGGGAUCCGUGGAUAUUCCUGUUGUUGGGAAGGCUUUCAUUCGGCCGUUCAGGGAGCACCACAUCGACCCGACCGCCAUCACUCGGCACGACUUUAUCGAAACCAACGGCGACAACUGCACGAUCCCCAUCCUGCCGCUCGCCCACAUGGCCUACAGGUUCCUCACAUGCACACCAGAGGCUUUGGCGGCGUCCUACCCCUGGGACUGCUACUUGUUCGCCUUGGCGGUUUUUGUGACGCUGACCAACCAGAUCCAUAAGUGGAGCCACUCCUACUUCGGCCUCCCGCGCUGGGUCACUCUGCUGCAGGACUGGCACCUGGUGUUGCCACGGAAACACCACCGGAUCCACCAUGUUUCACCGCAUGAAACGUACUACUGCAUCACCACAGGAUGGUGCAACUAUCCACUGGACCAGCUGGGCUUUUGGAGACGGAUGGAGUGGCUGAUUGAACACCUGACUGGCCAGAGACCGCGAUCCGACGACAUGGCGUGGGCCAAGAAGACCGACUGACGGACAAACCCAGUGAAACCAGUAACAGGGGAGAAUCAGGCGUGUAAAUGCAAAUAUGCAGAUGUAGAAAUGAUGGACAGAUGUUUAGAAACAGAGACAAACUUUUUUUUCUGGUAUCGCUGCGCUUCUCGCUUUUUUUCUGCUUCAGAACAAACGAUGUGUUCAGAGGAAGAAAGUCUUUGUUGUUGGUGUAAAAGCUUUUUGGAUGUUCUGCAUCCAUCGGUUUGUCUUUAGACUCCUGAGGUGUUUGUUUAGUCGUGGUUCAGGUUUCUGGAGGUUGGGCUCUCCAGAAGAGACGCUGAGCUGUUUGGGACCAGCAGCUCUUCACACCAACACAUAACGAAGGGAAACAUUUGGUUACCAUCUUUAUUUUAGGUUUCUUUCUUGGUUUAUUGGGUGAUUUUUUUAGCAGAAAAAAAAUUCUUGUGAUGUUUAGCAGAAAAAUCUGCUAAUUUUAUGAUGUUUCCAUCUAAUAUUUUGGGAUCUAUAUUAACUUACAAGAUUUAACGUAUAUUUACUGAGUUGAACACUUGAUCUUCAUGAACAACCAAAAAUCCUAAUAACUCCAGUUGGAUGUUAUGAUUUGUAUUCAGAUGUUUGUUAGAUUAGACCAGACUUAGACUUUAACUUUUAAGAUUUUAGAUGAAUUCAUUCUUUGCUAGAAACAAACCACAUUGGGAUCCAGAGGAGCAAUCAACUAUAAAUAUCCAUCCAACUCACAUAAAAUGGGUAAAAAUUACAAACAUAAGAUCCUAAUGUUGGUUCAUCACUUCAUUCAUUAACUUAAUCAUCAAUCCCUCAACCUCACCCGAAUUGACCAACCAAAUAGACCACCCAUCCAACCAAAUGAACCCCAACUUAAAUCUGUUAACAAAUCAACCAACCACACCCAACGUGAGCACCUAGACCCAACUGAAUCAGCCACUCAACAACCCAAAUUAACCAAUGCAACCCAAAUUGAAUAACCAACCCCACCCAAUUCAACCACCCAAUGAAGCAACCCCACCCAAAUCCCCAACCAAAUAGACCACCCAUCCAACCAAACCAACCCCCACUUAAAUCUAUUAAGAAAUCAACCAACCAACCAACCAACUCCACCCCAACCAGCCCAAUCCAAAUAGACCAACCCAACGUAAAUCUAUUAACCAACCAAAUCGACAAACCAACAAGCCCUACCCAAACAGAUGAUCCAUCCAACCCCAGCCAAAAUCAACCAACUCCACCUUAAUCUAAAUAACCAACCUCACCCAAAUAAACAAACCAACCAGUUCCACUCAAAUCAACCACCCAACUACCUUAAACCAAAUAGACCAGCCCCACUUAAAUAUGUUAACCAACCAACCCCAAAUCAGCAAACCAACCAACACCACCCAAACAGAUUCCACGACAAACCCCACCGAAAUUGUCAACCAAAUCCUAAAUUUCAAGGACAAAAUGAAACCAAAUCAAGUUACCAUUGUUGCAGGUGCUUGUAAUGACAGACGCAACUCACUAGGUGGCACUCUUGGCAAAGAGGGUAGCAUAUUUUCACAUUUAUCAGUAAUGUAAUGUCUAUCUUUUCAUAUACUGACAUAUAAGCUUACAGAUGUGUCUACAUUUAGGUAGAUCCAUCAAAAUGUGCAGCAUUUUAUUUAAUAUGAUGUCGGCAGUGAUGGUAUAGUACAGUAUGUACAUUUUCCAAAUAAAGGCAAAAAAAA